AUGCUUCCUUCGCCAGACUGCCCGCAGCUCGUGUCUAGGACGAACGGCUACCCAGAUAUUGUAUGGGACUUCUUCUUCCUUAUAGUGUUGGCAGUGGUGGCGGUGAUGGUUCCGCUGGAAGUCGCGUUCACGAUCUGGGACGACGAGUUCUGUCACCCUGGCGGGAGAUUUGCCCUGGAUGUGAUUCUGUUCGUGGACAUGGGCAUCCAAUUGCUGAUCGCUUAUCCAGACAAGAAGUGUCCAUCGCGUUACAUCAAAGAUCCGAGGAAGAUCGCGGUGAAGUACCUGAAGACGUGGUUUGUGGUGGACCUCAUCUCCAGCAUGCCAUGCCAUGCCAUCGAGAAUGGAGCCCUUCCAGAAAUCCGCUUGGUUCGCAUGCUGCGCCUCCACAGCAUCUUCCCGAUCCUUGCACGGCGGCAGGUCCGCAUAGGCAUCAGCAACGCGCUGCUGUCUCUCCUGAAGUUCGUCUUCGGUCUUUCUUUGACUUGCCACUGGAUGGCCUGCUGUUGGGCAGCUGUGGCAUAUGAGGUUCCCGACACCUUUACCUGGCUGAAGGCAGUGGAGGCGGCGAAGGGUGGCUUGAAGUCCACUUACAGCUCACGUUCGGGCAUCUAUUGUCUGUCGCUCUACUGGGCCAUCAUGACGCUCACGAGCAUCGGCUAUGGCGACAUCACGCCGCAGACUGAGAAGGAGUAUUGGGUGGCGUCGUUUUGCAUGAUCGCCAUGGCCACUGUCUGGGCGUUUGUGAUCGGCCAGAUGUGUGCUGUGGUGGCGACGCUGCUGCCACAUGAUGUGGCUUUCAAGCGGACCAUGGACGAUCUCAACUGGCUCCUGAAGGACAGCCAGAUGCCUGAGCCACUGCGGUUAAAGCUGCGCCGCUACUUCAUCGAGUCGAGGAGCCUCUGCCGACUCCACGAGCAGAAGGCCAUCAUUGCCCAAAUGUCGCCAAUGCUGCAGGGCCUCCCGCCUUGGAGAGUUAGUGGUCUCCGCACCCCGCAAGCCUAG